CUUUUUUUCAUUGGAUGCUUAUAGUGGGUAUAGAAAGUUGUGAAGAGUUUGUUCAAAUUCAAAGCCUUUGAAUUGAAGAAUGUGCAUAGCUUUGUUUCUUUGGCAAACCCACCCUCUCUACCCUUUCCUUCUCCUCAACAACAGAGAUGAAUAUCACAACCGACCUACGAAGGCUAUGUCAUGGUGGGAAGAUAGUGAUAUAGUUGGAGGAAGAGAUGAGAUAGGUGGAGGAACAUGGUUGGCUUGUUCAAGAGAUGGAAGAGUGGCUUUUCUCACCAAUGUUUUGGAGCUUCGUUCUCUCCCCGAGGCUAAAACCAGAGGAGAUCUACCUGUAUCAUUUCUUAAGAGUGGGAAACAUCCUAAAGAAUUUGCAGAAAGCCUAAAAAGAGAGGGUGAUUAUUACAAUGGAUUCAACUUGAUUGUGGCUGAUAUUCACUCCAAAUCAAUGAUUUACAUCACCAACAUACCCAAAGGACAGCCAAUUACCAUUAAAGAGGUUUCUUCUGGUCUGCAUGUUCUUUCAAAUGCCAAACUGGACUCACCCUGGCAUAAGGCUCAGCGACUUGAAGUAAGUUUUAAAGAAGAGCUAGCCAAAUAUGGGGAUGGUGAGAUACCAUUGAAGGAGGUGCUUAAAAAGCUAAUGAAGGACAAAACUAAAGCUGAUGAAACUCAUCUACCUCACAUAUGCAAUCUUGAUUGGGAAUUCAAUUUGAGUUCCAUUUUUGUUGAAGUAGAAACUCCGCUGGGUUUGUAUGGCACGAGGAGUAGUGCUGCCGUAGUUGUGAAAUCAAGUGAGGAAGUAAGUUUCUUUGAGGCUUAUCUUGAAGAGGGCAUAUGGAAGGAACAUGCCAUUGAUUUCCACAUAGAGAAAAUGAAGUUGGCAAAAGGGCAUACAAAAUAGCAAGGAAUGAAGUUAUCAAUUCGGAG